GGCAACGAAGCACGCCUAGCAGGAGUGAGCGCGGAGCAGCAGGAUGGAGGAGGAGCUGGCUUGGGAGACACACGGCUUGCUUCCCCUGGAGAGACAGCUCCAUGAGGCCUCACGCUGGAAUCAGGUGGAGAGGAUGAAGGAGCUGUUUGAGAAGAGGGUCAACAUCAGGGCUAGAAACCAUGUGGGCAGAGUGGCUCUACACUGGGCAGCAGGUGCUGGGCACGAACAGGCUGUGCGGCUGCUCCUGGAGCAUGGGGCUGCUGUGGACGACGUGGACUCGGUAGGGAGGUGUGUGUGUGUGUGUGUGUGUUUUGGGAUGAACGCACUCCUCCUGUCUGCCUGGUUCGGCCACUUGCAUGUUGUGCAGAUCCUGGUCAAUGCUGGGGCCAAGGUCCAUUGUGUGAGCGAGGAUGGCCUGACUUUACUACACUGUGCUGCUCAGAAAGGCCAUGUGCCUGUGCUGGCCUUUGUCAUGGAAGACCUGGAGAACGUGACCUUGGACCAUGCAGACAAGCUGGGAAGAACAGCAUUUCACAGAGCUGCCGAGCACGGACAGCUGGAUGCUCUGGACUUCCUCGUGGGCUCUGGCUGUGACCACAGUGUCAAGGACAAGGGUGGGAACACAGCCUUGCACUUGGCUGCCAGCCAGGGCCACGUGGAUGUGCUACAGAGACUUGUGGACAUUGGGCUAGACCUGGAAGAACAGAACACGGAGGGCCUGACUGCUCUGCAUGCAGCCACUGAAGGGAUCCACGCCGACUGUGUGAAUCUUCUCCUCAGCGCUGGGAGCAACGUGAAUGCCCUCACCCAGAAAAGGCUGAGCUGCCUCCACUACGCGGCCCUUGGUGGCUCUGAGGACAUGUCCCGCGCACUCAUUAAGGCAGGAGGAUGCACAGAUGUGGCUGACAAGCAAGGCACCACUCCUAUGCACCUUGCUGUGAAGCACAACCUCCCUGGCCUUGUCCAGCUCCUCAUCGAUGCCCACAGUGAUCUGGACGCAGUGGACAUUAGGCAGCAGACUCCCCUCCACCUUGCCGCCGAGCAUGCCUGGCAGGAUGUCGCAGAGAAGCUCCUCAUUGCUGGGGCUGACUUGAGCCUGAGAGAUAAGCAAGGAAAAACAGCCCUGGCAGUGGCUGCCCGUAGCAACCAUGUCAGCCUGGUGGACAUGAUCAUAAAAGCUGAUCGUUUCUACCGAUGGGAGAAGGACCACCUUUCAUGCAGAGACGGCAGCGACCUCUCUAGGAAGAACUUAACCUUUAAGCAAGACCAUCGGCAGGAAACGCAGCAGUUCCGCUCUGUGCUUUGGCGACUGGCCUCCCGGUAUCUGAGGCCCAGUGAGUGGAAGAAACUGGCCUAUUCCUGGCAGUUCACGGAGGCUCAUGUCUGUGCCAUUGAGCAACAGUGGACAGGAAGUCGGAGCUACCAGGAGCAUGGCCACAGGAUGCUGCUCAUCUGGCUGCACGGCGUGGGCAUGGCUGGGAAGAACCCCAGCAAAGCACUGUUCGAGGGCCUCGUGGCCAUCGGCAGGAGAGACUUGGCCGAAAGCGCCAGGAAGAUGGCAAACGGUGAGCCCACGACGCCCAGAAGGUGUACAGCCAUGUGAGCUUUGGGGACACCCGGAGAACAUCUGCACAGAAGAGGAUGUCUGUAAGGGCUUCCAGAGCAGUCCCCGCACACAGACCUCCAGCUGCUGCUACUGGACCAUAGAGGCCAGCAGGAAACGCCAGUAUUUUCUGAAGGAUGGGCCAUGGGUCUAUUCUAGGUUUUCCCGGCCGUCCUGUCCCAGCAGUGUGGCCCUUUCUAGCUCUCAGCUUAUUUUGUUGUGUUUGUGAGGGUACAUGUGUAUGCAACUGUAUCACGGGUGUGUGGAGGCCGGAAGACCUUUGGCUGGGCAUUCCUCCCCAGGCUCUGUCCAUCUUAGGGUUUUUGUUUGUUUGUUUGUUUGUUUGUUUUGGUUUUUUGGUUUUGCUUUGAAUAACAGGCGGGUAGAUUCUCAGAGAAAACCUGAGGCUAUGGACGUUCUACAGCCUGAGGCACCGUCCCUAAGCCACUAAGUCACUCCAUCUGAGAAGCUGGACCCUAACCUCCAUCUUUUUUUUAUUUUAUUUUUUGUCUUGAGACAGCCUCUUGUCUCUCUAUAUGUUCCCAGCAGUCAUGGAAUACCUUGUGUUUUUGAUACAAGGCCUCUCAUUGGCCUCACUGUACUAACUGGUCAGUGAGCCCAGUGACCCUCCUGCUUUGGCCUCUCUAGUGCUGGGCUUUCAAGUGUGUGCCACCGUGCCCUGGUUUCUAUGUGGGUUCUGAGGGUCAAACUCAGGUCCUCAGGUUGUUUGGGAAGCGCCACACCAACUGAGCAGUUCUCCCCAAGCCUCUCUGCUCAUUAUCACUUCCAUGAUCUUAGAACACCAUGAAGCAUCCCUGCGGAGCAAGGGGUGUCUCCACAGCCUAGGGCACUGAGGUCAUUCAAACUGGACGGCCCUUAACUCAUCAAGGGCAGCUCAGUGCUCUCCGGGGCUGAGCUGACAGAAGCUACCGUGCUGAUCCCACAGCUGUCUGCACACACUCUCCUGUUCGCCCCUCUAAUCGGGUAAUUGGUUAUAUA